UUUGUGCACCGCACUAGACCCGUACGAUUCCGGCGCAAGCUACAGCAUAGCGUCCGCCUACAUCUUGGAGCGCUGCUGAUAACAGGUACAUAAGCUGGCCGUUAUCGCAUAUGAUAGCACCGUCGCAAUAUCGCGAUAUCGCCGUCCACGCGCAUCGUCCCUCUCUCUCUCUCUCUCUUCCCCUCACUUUCCUUCCUGCCCCAUUUGUGCCGCAAAUUUCCAACACACUCGACGCACGAUUGCCAUAUAACCGACUUUUGCCAGUAUCCCAAGUCUCGUCAGACGCUCGUCCAGCCGUCCUGGGCCACGCGAUGUUUCAGCAAACGUUAAAUCGCGACACACUUGCCGCGCUUGACAUCUCACGCUACACUAGCGACAUUUUAUCGCUCGGUUUCGUUCGCGACUGACGUAAAGUGCGAACGAACCUUCAAUAUUCAACCGCAUUCAACCAGGCCUAUAUCGGUUGCCAUGUUGAAGGGUUAAGCGGUGAUGAUACGGUGCGAGCACGAGGGCGCGAAAAACAAAGGUGAAAAAGUUACCGAUAGUUAAAUUAUCGUAAUGGCGAACGACAUUAUUCGUAACGGCCGAUUACAAGAAACCACCACGAUCGUACAACGGGCGAGAAGCGACAGAAGCAAAAGAGCUCCGGACAUAGCGGCUAUCGAAAGUCGCAAUUGGUUGUUACAUCGACAUUACACGAGGCACGAGUACAACGCUUGCAAGUUGCUUAUCGAGCAAGAAUUAUCGAAAUCGGAUGGUCAUGAAUACGCAAAUUAUUUGAAGGGCUUAAUUCUGAGAAAAGAGGGUAAAAUUCAAGACUCACUGGAUUGCUUUCAAACGGCUUACAAUGUAAAUUCGACAAACGUCGAUAAUGUUAAGCAGAUAGCGAAAUCGUUGUUAAUAAUGGGAAGUCAUCAGCGAGCGAUAGACGCGUACAUCGAGGCGGAGAAGAUAUCCGUUCUACCGGAUUGGGAAAUAUAUAACGGUCUUGGCGAGGCUCACGUGAAGCUAAAUCAGUUGCAAGAGGCCAAAAAGUAUCUAAAACGAUCAGCCGAGUUGACGAAAAACGAAUUGCCCAAUCUCGCUCUCGCGAAACUCUAUCUCUUAGAUGACAUGAUUCCAGAGGCUAGGACAGCUUAUACAGCGGCUCUGAACGGGAAUUCCGAGAGCAUCGAUGCAGCGACGGAAUUGGGUCUUUUGUAUCUUAGGAUCGGAGACACGCAACGAGCAUUUCAGCAAUUCGGAGCGGCACUGGCUCACUCGUCUAAUUGCGUCAAUGCAAUUUUACCCAUGGCUUAUAUAAUGCAGAAUCAUCGAGAGUACGACGUGGCAUUAUCAAAGUACAAAGUCGCGGCGCAAACCAUUCCAGAGUCUUCAGUGCUUUGGAAUAACAUUGGCAUGUGCCUUUAUGGGAAACAAAAAUACGUCGCGGCUAUUAGCUCUUUGAAACGAGCCCAUUAUUUGUGUCCGUUAUCUUGCAUUCCGUCGUGCAAUCUGGGAAUCGUUUUCCUCACCACCGGGCAGCCUGCAUCCGCUGCGGUUUACUUAUGCGCCGCAGUUAGCGCCGAACCAAAGAAUCCUACGCCGUAUUUGUUAUUGGGUUUGGCUUUAAAACGCCUAGAUGAUUUGGAGGGUGCCGAGAGGUCCUUGACGAAAGCUCAUGCUUUAGCUCCUCAGGACCCAUUAAUAUUGAUUAAUUAUGCCGUGGUACUCGACGCUCGCGGUAAACAAGCUAAUGCCACUGAAAUUUUGAUUGCGCUCAACGACAUUAUGGCCGUUGUCGACGUUGAUACACAGGUGUCACAAAUGGCGAAAAAGUUAUCCAAAAAAUUGCACCACGAGGAAACAAAAGCCAACCAAGAGCCGUCGACGGACAAUAGCGAGGAGCGACAAUUGAGUGCUGAUGAGGUUUGAAAGUUACCUCGCUUUCAAAAUUAAUUAAGAUAAAAUAUAUGCGCAAUUAAAUUACUUUAUACGUUUAUUGUUUCGUACACAGUGAGCAACGUAUAUGUACAAUGUAGCAACAGUUAAGGACGUAUAUUGCAUUUAUUUAUUAUUCACACGCUUUAGGAGGUACACAUGUAAAAUAUAGCGCACUGAUUGUACAAGUCACAUAAAGAUGGAACUAUGAGAUCAAGUAUACAGAGUUUCGAGAGAAGAAUCACGUGCGCAAAUUGUUUGUUUCUCAGAUGCAACAUAUCUAAUUUUAUUAACGGGCUCAUUCGCAAUUGUUCUAAAAGGGACAGUAUUACAAUACUAACGGUAUAAAUAAAAACUUGUGAUUUUUCGCAACACUCUCUUUAUUCCGGAUGAAUUCAUCUUAACACCUUGUUCACCAAUUACAACAUAGACUGUAUCGUAUAUUAAACCCGAUAAAGCCCGAUUUGCCACA